AGUACAAGGGAGAAGAAGAGGUUUCAGCGCACAAUGACUGCACCCGAGCUUGAGACCUACCCCAUCGGCAGCCGCAAAGAAUCCGAGCGCAUGGUCCGGGAUUGGGGAUUUAGCCAUGUCUUCACCUGGACAGAUGGGAGCAAUGCGCACUACCCGCCUCAUUCGCACUCUGGGUUGACGACCCAUCUGAUCCGCCAAGGGAGUCUGACCAUCACGUACCCGGAGGAUAAUGCUGCGAUCCAUGGAGGAGAGGUCAAGAAGGAGACGUGCGGCGUGGGCGCGAGGUUAGAUGUGCCGGCGGGAAAAGUACAUGAGGUGUGGAUUGGACCAGUGGGAUGUGAGUAUGUUAUUGGAGAAUGAGUGUGGAAGUCAUGAUCCAUCCAUCUACUGUAUCGUCUUUUGCGACUUCAAUGCGACCUGCCACCGACCCGUCGGGAGUCACCCCGUGAUUGAUUCUUCACCGCUACUUUACUUUGCACCACUGCUGGCAUCGUGGACUCCUACCCUGAACUGCUUGAGGAAUGCGUAGAAUUCGGCAGAAAAGAGAAGGAGAGAUAUUCUGGCUGGAUCAUGCAGCAGACAGAUCAUAUC